AUGCUGUCCGCAUUCACCGCCCGACCCAUCGUCGAGCUCAAGCAGCGCGACAAGUCUAAGAUCGAGUCCAUCCUCGCAUAUGGCGACCGCGUACUCGUAGGCUUGAACACUGGUUCCCUGCGUAUCUACCGUGUAAACGACCAGAUUGAGGAUGUAGAAGCCGACCGCAAGCAGAACGGCGACCAGAACGGUGAAAGCGAACCUGCGCCUCCAAAAGCCAGACCCGCCGACCUCCUACGCGAAGAGGAGAAGUUCUCACGACGGCCGAUACAGCAGUUGGCGAUUAUCAAGGAAGCGAAUAUUCUUGUCUCGCUCUCGGACAACUAUGUCUCGAUCCACGACAUACAAACAUACCAAUUGCAGGAGAAGCUAGAGAAGACACGGGGUGCGACUACGUUUGCGGCGGCAAGCAACAUCGUCAAGGAUCCUUCGACUGGCAUACCAUCUAUCGUGAGCCAUCUGGCAGUGGCGGUGAAGCGGAAGAUCAUACUGUGGACAUGGCAGGAUAUGGAGUUGACGGGCGACGCGGUGGAGAUGUCGCUCAUUGCUUCCGUCAAGAGCCUGACAUGGGCGACAGGGACGAAGAUUGUCGCUGGCAUGGAUCCAGGCUUCGUCAUGGUCAACAUAGAGACACAGGAGGUUCAGGAUAUAAUCAAGCCGGGCGCGUUGGCAGAGAAUGGAGGUCAGGGCGGAGCACGCUUCGGCGCCGUCUCAUCAUCAGGCAUGGGAUACAUGGGCAUGGGUAGCUGGGUGCCCAAACCUCUCGCGACACGACUCGGAGAGGGCGAGAUGCUGCUGGCCAAGGAUGUGAACAGCCUGUUCAUCGAUACGGACGGAAAUGCCCUCGAGAAGCGACAAGUACCCUGGCAAUCUGCCCCGGAGACCAUCGCCUAUUCGUAUCCGUAUAUGCUCACGCUGCUGCCACCUUCAAAGGGUAGUCUGGAAGUCAGAAAUCCAGACACUCUGAGCUUGUUGCAGAUGAUCUCACUACCAAACGUUAGCUUCCUCCAUGUACCACAGCCGAACAUUAGCUUGGCCCACGCCGGGAAGGGCUUCUUAGUCGCGAGCGAUCGAUCAAUAUGGCGGAUGGGAGCACAGAGCUACGAGACACAGAUCGAUGAGCUGGUCGCCAAUGGGCGCUACGAUGAGUCGCUGAGUCUUCUUCAUAUGCUGGAAGAUACUCUGCUUCUUGAUAAGGAGGAGAGGGUACGUGAGAUACAGAUACUAAAGGCUCAAGCCUUGUUCGACCAAAAGAAGUACCGUGAGGCAAUGGAAUUGUUCGUUGAUGCAAAGGCUCCGCCUGAGCGUGUCAUCGCAAUGUACCCCAGGUCCAUCGCUGGUAACCUAGCUCCAGAAGAGAGCGUAAAGGGCGAUGGAAGCGUAGCGGAUGAUGAAGAGACGAACGGCGAGAAGCCAGCGAAAGAACAGGAAGAAAGCACACCUGCGCCUGUGGCGGCCAUUGGACGAUCAAUGAUGGGUCGUUUCGGCGUCGGAGGACACAAGAAGGUCGAUUCAGACGCAGCCUCUAUCCGUACCAACUCUGCUAAAGACGACACUAUGGAAACAGCCAGCAUUCGUAAGCGCCCAACCGACCCCUCCCAACCAGAAAAAACCGCCGCUGCAGAAAAGGAAUUCAAAGAUUCGGUCCGCGCUCUCCAAUCUUUCCUAACCCAAUGCCGCGUCCAAAUCAAACGCUACAUCGACACCGACGGCAAUCUCAAGGAACCUCUCCCUACACCCAGCGGCAGCCAACUCGAAGCUGAAAAACCACCUUUCCACAUCUUCAUCGAAGAGUCUUCACUCCAGUCUCCCGUGGAUUGGAAAGCCAAGCUUCUCGACGUCGCACAACUCGUCGACACGACGCUCUUCCGCGCAUACAUGAUUGCGAAUCCCAGUGUCGCAGGCUCCUUGUUCCGCCUCCCUAAUUUCUGCGAACCAGACGUUGUGCAGGAGAAGCUGUACGAAACAGGUCGGUAUGCUGAUCUGAUUGAUUUCUUACACGGCAAGAAACUACAUCGCCAGGCUCUGGAGUUGCUGGAGAAGUUUGGUAAGAAUGAGGCGGAUGAAGAGGUCAGUCCUGCGUUGCAAGGGCCGCAAAGGACAGUGGGGUAUCUACAGGCGCUGCCGCCGGAGCUUAUUGAUCUCAUCCUCGAGUAUGCUGAGUGGCCGUUACGCGAGGAUCCGAAGUUGGGCAUGGAAGUCUUCCUUGCUGAUACGGAGAAUGCGGAGACGCUGCCUCGGGACCGUGUUCUCGACUUUUUGCAGAACAUUGAUAUUAAACUUGCGGUUCGGUACUUGGAGCACAUCAUUGAGGAGCUCAAUGAUCUCAACGUGGAUUUCCACCAGAGGCUUGUCGAUCUGCUACUUGAGAGACUCAAGAGUGGGGACUUCAAGGAUGAGGAGGAGAAGGCGGAUUGGAAGGAACGAUUAGAGGUUUUCUUGAAGAAGGGGAAUGCGCAGUAUAAUCGGUAUAGGGUGUUUCAGCAGUUGCCUGGGAACGAUCCAGAUUACUACGAAGCGAGAGCUAUUGUGUUGAGCAAAAUGGGAUCGCAUAAGCAAGCGCUGGCAAUCUACGUCUUCCAGCUAAAGGACUACCAUAAAGCCGAGGAAUACUGCAACCAAGUGUACACCGCACCCCCAACGAUCCCCACCUCACCCAACUUAUCCCAAUCGCAAUCCCCCCCAGCGACAAGAGGCUCAAUCGAAGACACCGAGUUAUCCAUCUACCACGUCCUCCUAUCCCUCUACCUGCAACCCCCACCCCCGCACCAACCCAACUGGCCCCCCGCUCUCGAUUUGCUGAGCAAACACGGUGCCCGUCUCCCCGCCGCUACGACGCUCGAUCUCAUCCCCCGUCUCUCCCAGUCAAAGACCUAG